AUGAAUCAGCCAUCUCCUGAAAGUCUAAUGCAGGCAUUGCAGUAUCUGGAUUAUUUAACUGCCCUGGACAAUGAUGCCAGCCUUUUAAACUUUGGAACAAUGAUGUCAGAAUUUCAUAUUGAUCCACAGCUGUCAAAAGCUAUUUUAGUUUCAUGUAAAUUUGGCUGCUUCGAGGAAAUGCUCACCAUUGCUGUCAUGGUAAAUGAUACUGAAAAAUAGUGUCAGGUUUAUUUUCUGAAUUGUUAGGUAUUAAGAAUGGCAAAAGCCAUCAAAAUGGAGUUGGGUGACAGCGUGAGACAAAUUGAACUCCCAAUUUCAGCACCAAUUUUGGGACAGAAAGAAAAUGUACUGAACAGAAAAAUAGCCCUCUUAUCUGGCUACUUUAUGCAAAUUGCUCAUGACAUGGAUGGAUGUGGGAACCACUUAACAUUGUCACAUAGGAAAGUAUCUCAGCUUCACCCUUUCUAUUUCAGUAAUUUGCCUGCUAGUGAAAAUAAGACUGUUCUGCAUUAAACAAUCAAUCAUUUAUCAACCAUUUCAGAAACAGAAAAGGAACAGAAAAUCAAGACAGAAUAUAUGAUACAGAACUAGAA